AUGUCUCAAUGGCUCGCCAGGAGGAGUCUACACACUGGUGGUGUUCAAUGGAGAAAAGUCUUGCCCGGCAACAAGCGGUGGAGAAAGUCGCGUGAGAAAGUCGUCUCGUCAUCUGACGCUCGGACUCCCACGAAGAACUUAGACGCCGUGGACAUUGAGAGGAUAAAUGAGAUGUUCCUUUCAAGGACCAAGGAUUUGGAACCUGGUAUGGAAAUUAAGAAGUUGAAACAGAUCAAGAAAGAGUUUAACACCAGAUUCGCAGAAAGGUAUUUUAAUCCAUCCAAACAGUGGUUCCAAGAUAACUGGGUGGUUGAGCCUUCUACUAAUACAGCCGGGAAAAGUUCUUCUCAAAACUCUAUGACUGGAAAGAACAAACACUACACCUUCAAACUCAGUGAAUUUAUAAGCUCCGUCUUACAAAUGGGUGAUCUGGUUUUGACAACGCCAUAUCCUAAUGAGUUGGCAAUGUGUGUUGGAUUGCCUGAGAGUGCCGAAGAUCCUAGGUACACAUUUGUAACUGUCAGCGGGAAGAUGUUCUUUGGUACAAAGUCUUUUGUGCAUUUGAGAAUACCUUACCGGCUACCGGAAAAAGUACGAUAUCUGAUCUCAAAGGAAGGGCCUCAUGCAUUCGAACCUGUCGGUACCAUCAAAGGAACUCGUGACGUAACAUACAUUCUCCCAUACUUGGCUAGACAAUUGGUUACUAGUGAGCUACCAUCGCAGAUCAAUAAGCUGGCAUGGCAGAAAUUACCCUCCAUUAUCAAGCGGUUGGAACUGCUUAGCCGAUAUUUACGGAAAUACAACGGUACUUGGCAGGUUCCCUUUGUACAACUUGUAGAUGCAGUUCAACGUUUGGAAGAAAAAGGGGGUCCAGGAGAGUUCGAAUACAUUAAGAGUCUUUUUGAACGACCAUCCCUUGGGAGUCGCCGCUCCAUUCAUGCGGCUACAUAUUUAGCGACAUAUUGGGCUAUAAAGGAGCAACAAAACUUUAAUAUUUGGGGAAAGAUUCAUGUUAAUAAAGCCUUUUUGGCCCCAAUUUCUACAUCUGUCGUACCAGCAGCAUCUCUGCGAUCUUUCCAUGAUGAAUUGAUCAAUGACCCGAAGAGAAAACACGUGAACAAGAUCACGGACUUGAUAAACACAAAGGACUACGAACUAGUAAGGGAGAGAUACCCUGAAUUUCUACAACUGUUGAGUGAUUUUACUGCAGGUAAUUUUGAUAACAAUUGCGAGGUGGUUACAUUGAUAUCCCAGAUAUUCAGAAUGCUUGAUGUAUAUAGGGAAUGCAAUGUUACCAGAGAUACAUGUUUUGAUCUUCUGAAAGAAAUCAGUGAAGAUAACUUUUGUGAGAAUCCAAUUUUGUCCAAUUCAGAUCUUGCACUAGCCCAAUCAUCCGAGAGAUCGGCGCUACAAAAAUGUGUGUAUAGUGUAGUGCAACCUGAUAUUCAGCUCGACACUAAGACAAAAAGACACGAUUUUCUUGAUAUGCCGGUGUAUUGCAUCGAUUCAGAGACAGCUCACGAAAUUGACGAUGGUGUGUCUAUAGAAAAAAAUGGAAAAGGCAGCUAUACUUUGCACGUCCACAUCGCAGAUCCUGCAUCAUUUUUCCCGGAAAGUUACACUGAAAGUACCAAGUUGAGCGACGUUUUGAAAAUUGCAUUCGAUAAGUCUUUCACAACAUACUUGCCAGACGUAGUUGAAGCAAUGCUGCCAGAAUCGUUUUGUAGGGCAGCAGAUCUAGGUAAGCAAGAUAAAAAGACAAGAACAAUCACUUUCUCGGUUCGAGUUAAAAUGGACGAACAUGGUGGACUACACAUACAAAGUGACACAUUUCGUGCUAGACUUGGACUUGUGUCAAAUUUCCCCAAGGUUACCUACAAUAUUGUAGACAGUGUACUGAAUGACUCAAGCUCUAACAGCCCGUUACGACAGGAUCUAUUGACUUUGUAUAAGAUUGCAUCCGGAUUACGACAUAACAGGGUAAAGUUGAAUGGUGCUGUCGUCUUUGGAGAGGGAUUCAACAAUGGUCAGGUAAGACUCAUUCGAGAUUCUGCAAAUAAAGUGAAAGACAUCACUUUUGAGAACAACAAUGAAACUCCAUCAACCGUACUCGUGUCUGAACUAAUGAUAUUGGCGAAUACUCUUAGCGGUAACUUUUUCAGGGAAAACAAAAUUCCUGGAAUAUUUCGUUGCUAUAAUGAGUUGAAGCUUGAUGGUAAGGCACUAAGUGAUUAUCGAUCGAUACAGGAUAACGUUCAACGCGGGAAAAACCCAACUUUGAAAGAUAUAGCAAAGAUUACUUCUCUUAUGAACUCCAGCUUUUAUUCUGGCGAACCUCGUAAUCAUCAGAUGAUUGGAGCAAAACAGUACCUGACAGUGACUUCUCCUUUACGGAGAUACCCUGAUCUGAUAAAUCACAUCCAAUUGCAUAAACACCUGGCUAAUAAGCCACUAACAUUUUCACAACAGGCAAUAGAUCAGAUGAUAUGGCAGGUGCAAUCUCGUGCCGAUAUUUUGAAAUCAAUCUCGACCACUGUCUCUGCGUAUUGGACACUAACAUAUUUGAAAAAGAGAAUCGAAAAGGAUUCGAGUGCCCGUUUUGAUGUCAUGGUAACCUCAUUUCCUCAAGACGGCAUGGUAAAUUGUCUUUUCCCAAACCACUCCUAUGCACGUGGGAAACUGAAACUUAAGGUUGACCGUCUCCCCCCACAAAUUGGGGACAUAGUCAAGGACUGUCAAAUCACAUCAAUUGACUGUUUGGAUAGCAAUUUGCAGCUAGUCAUGGUAUAA